AUGUCCCGCCCACUCGAUAACGCUGCCCCGACGAUUUUUGCCACGCAGGCUGCACGCCGCGCCGAAACGGUUUGGGGCGAAGCUUAUGAGGCAUAUGACAGCGAGAGUGGAAGCGGGGAGGAGGCAGAGGAGAUUGAUGCGCAGGAGGUGUUUGACCUCCUCCGCAGCGUCACGGACCCCGAACACCCCGUCAGCCUGGAACAGCUGCGCGUCGUGAGCCGCCAAGAUAUCCAUGUUGUCGGUAACCGCGUGCUCGUCUACGUGACCCCGACGAUCCCGCACUGUUCCAUGUCGACGUUGAUUGGCCUCUCGCUGCGCGUACGGCUCCUGCGCGCGCUGCCGCGGCGGUAUCGAGUGGAUAUCCGGAUCAAACCUGGGUCUCACCAGUCGGAACACGCCGUCAAUAAGCAGCUUAAUGAUAAAGAACGCGUUCAGGCUGCACUGGAGAACAACCAUCUGCUCCAGGUCGUCGAGGGAUGUCUGGCUACUGCGGGGAGGCGGGGCGCGCCGGGACCCGAGGAGCACUAG